ACAUGGCGUAUAUAAGCGGUGAAGAAUUUCUUGUAGGCAUGUGAAAUGUGGCCACAUGUUGACAUUUUUGGUUACAAGUUUUUGCAAUAGUACGUUUAUUGUUUGUGUCAUAAUUGUUCACAAAUAACAUAUACUAUUAUAAUAUUGUAGCUUAAAAAUUAACAAAUUUAAUUAUAAAAAUGUCGGUUGUCUCAUCGCGAGUUAGCAAUUUGUCUUCUAUUUUAAAAUCGCCGGGUGUUAGAUCACAAUUGGUGAAACAAUCUAACAGAGUAUAUUUCAAACUUCCAAAAAAUAUAAAAAAUAUACUCUUCAAUUUUGAAAAUCGUAAUGGAAUAAAAGAUUAUGAAGAUUUAAUAUGUACUUUGAGAAAUUCAAAUAUCAAGGAUAUUGAUUUAGCAGACUUUUUAACUGAAGUAAGACAAUGUGUAUCAUUGCUUGGUCCUGUUCAUAAAAUCUUUGUUGAAGUGCUUCUUCAGCUAAAUUGGAUUGAUAGGUCACCAGAAGUAAUAUCUGCUUAUAAAAUCUUUUUAGAAGAUUUAAUGUGUGCACAGGUUUAUCAUGGAAAAUGUAUAAUAGAUAAACUUGUCGAGUUAUUUAAGCCAGCAGAAAAUGAUGAUAUAGAAUGGGAAGCAGGAGAAUACAGAAAAGAAGAUAUAGAUAGACUAAAUCAUAUACAUGAUGUUUUACGUAAAAUCUUAAAAGUUGUACCAAUGUCUAGUAAACUUUUACUACAAUCAGUACGAUUAAGGUUUCCAUAUAUUAUACAUGGUACACAUGUUCAUGAAGUUUAUAUAUAUUCAUUACUUCAAUUAUUAGAAUAUGCUCCACAGUUACGGUCAGAUAUACUAUCUCUAAUUAUUAACAGGUUAAUGGUAUUAGAUGUAAAUAUCCCACGAUCGGACAUAAAUGAUGAAGAUGAAGAUAAUUCAAUGGAAAGCAAUGAUGAAAUUGAUACUAAUACAAAUACAAAUAAUGAAAAUAAAGAAAAUAUAAAGUCAUUACAUCCAAUAGCACAUACUUUGGACGUAUGUAUGGAACAAAUACUUAAAUUUAUAUAUGAUACCUGUUAUGUGAAGGAAGAAUUAAACAUGGAGUCUCUUAAAAAGCUUUAUCUUGAUAUUUUGAAAAUGUUUGAAACAAUAAUAUUACCUACACAUGCAAGUCAAUAUGUGCAAUACAUCAUGUUCUACAUUUGUAGUUUUAAAGUAGCAGUUGUAGAAGCUUUUCUAGACUGGCUUUGGAGGAAAGUAACUGAUCCAAAUGUACCGAUUAUACUGAGACAUACAUCUGUAUCAUAUAUUGCAAGCUUAGUUGCUGCAGCUUCAUUUGUUUCAUCAGGAUUAGUAAAAAAAACACAGUCCAAUUUAGCAAAGUGGAUACAUAAUUAUAUCAAUAUGGAAGAAAAUUCAGAUUAUGUCAGUGAUGAUCCAAUGAAUCAUCCUGUAUUUUAUUCUAUUUGUCAAGCAUUAUUUUUUAUUGUGACUGCUAGACACAAAGAUUUUAUUGGUACAAAAAAUAAUAUGAUGUGUCUACACGAAUUAGAUUUACCUAGAAUUGUAACAUGCAAAUUAAACCCUCUUAAAUCAUGCCAAUCUGAAAUCGUACAUAAUUUUGCUGACGUAUCACGGACGUAUCAAUUGGCAUAUUGUUAUACAAUAAUUGAAAGUAAUUCACGACAUCAAUUACCAAUUAUUCAUGAUACUAAUUCUUGUAAUUAUACGCUUGAUAGUUUUUUUCCAUUCAGUACAUAUACUUUAAAUCGUAGUGCGCAGCGAUUAUCUCAUUUAUUGUAUGAUAAUUCUGUAAGUAAUUGUCACAGUUUCAUGAACAAACAUAGAACUGAUAUUGCAGAAUUUAUGAUCGAUUAAUUAUUUAUUCUUUAGUACAGUAUUUAAAAACAUAUAAAUAUAUUCCAAUAUAUGUGC